AACAACCUUAGUCAAGAGAAUAACUUCUAACACAUCGAUAAUUAAUUGCUUCAUGGCCUCAGCGGCUACUGAUUCAUCUGCAGUUGCAACAAAUGCUUCUGCAAGUGGGGCAAACUCACCAACAAGUGCAGCGCAAACCUCAAUUGCAGCCGUUAGGCGUCCACAACCGACACAUUCAACUACAGAGAGAGUAAUAAAAUCUGUUCAAUUCCCUAUCAGUGAAAGAUUGACACUUGACGAAGUCUAUGAUCGGAGAACGGGUAAACCGCGAGGUGACCUUCUUAAAGAACAUUUCAUCAAAGAAGGACGAAUAGAGGAAGAGGCUGCGUUACGAAUUAUUAAUGGCAACCUCUGCAUAGUUUUUUAGAAUUAUCUUUUCUUUCUUAGAGUGCACUGCAUUGUUUCGGCAAGAAAAA